AAAGGCAAAGGGUACUUACUGCCCACUGCUCGCUAUAUAAAUACCUGCCCGUCGCCGUCUCUCUCCAUCGUUGCAGUUUUCUUAUACGGAGAAGACUUUCCGCAAGAAAGCGAUUUCUGUUUAUUCCAAUGGCUGAAGAAGGGCAAGUGAUCGCAUGCCAUAAGAAAGCUGAGUGGGAUGCUCAUUUAGCGAAAGCGAAGGAAUCUGGAAAACUGAUUGUUGUGGAUUUUACUGCUUCCUGGUGCGGGCCAUGCCGUGCAAUUGCUCCAUAUUUCUCAGAAUUGGCUAAGAAUCAUCCCGGUGUCGUUUUCCUGAAAGUGGACGUCGAUGAAUUGAACACUGUUGCUACCGAGUGGGAGAUCAACGCAAUGCCGACAUUUGUUUUCAUGAAACGAGGGGAAACAGUUCACAAGAUUGUUGGUGCUGAUAAAUCGGCGCUGUUGAAAAAAAUAGAAGAGCUCAAGACUCCAACUGCUGCUACUACUUCUACUGCUUAGACACAAUCAGGUUGGAGGAUGUGGUCUCGUCGAUUAGUAUGGUGCAAUGAUGCUUCUGUUUUCGAGUUUGAUCUUCUUGUCAAUUUCAUAACGUUGUGUCGAAGAUGUCCACGGUUUCGUUUUCCCUAAAAGAAGUUGGAUUAUAUGCAGAACUCUGAAAGACGAUUCUGGUUCUUGUUAUCUAGAACUUGCAGGUUUCAAUGUGGAAUAAAUGUGGCAGGAAUUUUGUUGAAUUCUGAAGUCUCAUGGUUUACACAUUCUACCAGCAGGCUUCCGUAAGAUCUUGACUCUCUUAUUUCUUAUCUAAUUCUCCAUGGAUGAUGUUCUUUCAGCUUA